AUGAUGUACCAGUGGUUCACUAACACUUGGCUCAUCCAGCCCAGUGCCAGGCUACAGUUGUCCCUGGAAAACAGGACUCUGACUGUGUUCCAUGUCAAAAGGAAAGACACAGGACACUAUGAGUCCGAAGGGACCCAGCAGCAGCUGCACAUGGAGACCCCCUCAGUUCCGGCACACAGAGGCUCCAUGGCCUGGCACUUGUCCCUGCUCACAGGAAUAAGAAAAAGAGACUGUUGUGUAUGUAAAUAUUCACUGUUCCAGAAAUCUGGUGUGAUCUCUGGUGGGGCCAGUGACCUGAAGGCCAAGGCAAGACGUUGGGAUGAGAAAGCAGUAGACAAAUUGAAAGAGAAGAAGGAGCGGUUGACAGAGGAGCUAAAAGAACAAAUGAAGGCAAAGCGAAAAGAAGCAGAACUGCGUCAGGUGCAGUCUCAGGCCCAUGGACUGCAGAUGCGACUCAAGUAUUCACAGAGUGACUUGGAACAGACCAAGACACGUCAUUUAGCCCUUAAUCUACAGGAAAAGUCGAAGCUGGAGAGUGAACUAGCCAACUUUGGUCCUCGCAUCAAUGAUAUUAAGAGGAUUAUCCAGAGCCGAGAGAGGGAAAUGAAAGAUUUGAAGGAAAAGAUGAACCAGGUAGAAGAUGAAGUUUUUGAAGAGUUUUGUCGAGAGAUAGGUGUGCGCAACAUCCGAGAGUUUGAGGAAGAAAAAGUGAAGCGUCAGAAUGAAAUUGCUAAAAAGCGUUUGGAGUUUGAAAAUCAAAAAACUCGCUUGGGUAUCCAGUUGGAUUUUGAAAAGAACCAGUUAAAAGAAGACCAGGAUAAAGUACACAUGUGGGAACAGACAGUGAAAAAGGAUGAAAAUGAGAUAGAGAAGCUCAAGAAGGAGGAGCAAAGGCACAUGAAGAUCAUAGAUGAGACCAUGGCCCAGCUCCAAGAUCUGAAGAAUCAGCAUUUAGCAAAGAAGUCAGAGGUGAAUGACAAGAAUCAUGAGAUGGAGCAGAUUCGGAAGAAACUGGGAGGUGCCAACAAGGAAAUGACCCAUUUACAGAAGGAGGUGACAGCUAUUGAGACCAAGCUUGAACAGAAACGCAGUGACCGCCACAACCUUCUACAAGCCUGCAAGAUGCAAGACAUUAAGUUGCCACUGUCUAAGGGUACCAUGGAUGAUAUUAGUCAGGAAGAAGGUAGUUCCCAGGGAGAAGAUUCAGUGAGUGGAUCCCAGCGAACAUCAAGUAUCUAUGCACGAGAGGCCCUCAUUGAGAUAGACUAUGGUGACCUGUGUGAGGAUCUGAAGGAUGCUCAGGCUGAGGAGGAGAUCAAGCAGGAGAUGAACACACUGCAGCAGAAACUGAAUGAGCAGCAAAGUGUGCUUCAGCGUAUUGCUGCUCCCAACAUGAAGGCCAUGGAAAAAUUGGAAAGUGUCCGAGACAAAUUCCAGGAGACCUCAGAUGAGUUUGAGGCUGCUCGUAAACGAGCCAAAAAGGCCAAGCAGGCUUUUGAACAAAUCAAGAAAGAGCGUUUUGACCGCUUCAAUGCUUGUUUUGAAUCUGUGGCUACCAACAUUGAUGAGAUCUACAAGGCCCUGUCUCGCAACAGCAGUGCCCAGGCAUUUCUGGGUCCUGAGAAUCCUGAGGAGCCCUAUUUGGAUGGCAUUAACUACAACUGUGUGGCUCCUGGCAAACGAUUCCGGCCAAUGGAUAACUUGUCAGGGGGUGAGAAAACAGUGGCAGCUCUGGCCCUACUCUUUGCCAUCCACAACUACAAGCCAGCCCCCUUCUUCGUUCUGGAUGAGAUAGAUGCUGCCCUGGAUAACACCAACAUUGGCAAAGUAGCAAAUUACAUCAAGGAGCAGUCAACUUGCAACUUCCAGGCCAUUGUCAUAUCUCUCAAAAACUGA